GCAUACCACUGGACUUUGCUUCAGACUGUGUGUUUGUUUCCAUUCAGGCGUACCACGGCCACCACCAUGCUAUGGAGGUCCUGGUUCAGUCUCUGCUGGAUCUAGACGUGAGGAACAGCCAGGGGCGCACCCCUCUGGACCUGGCUGCCUUUAAAGGCCAUGUGGAGUGUGUUGACGUCCUCAUCGACCAGGGAGCCUCCAUCCUGGUUAAAGACUUCACCCUGAAGAGGACCCCCAUCCACGCUGCAGCUACCAACGGUCAUUCGGAGUGUUUGCGUUUGCUGAUUGGAAAUGCUGACCUCCAGAGUGCAGUGGACGUUCAAGACGGGAAUGGACAAACCCCUCUGAUGCUGUCGGUGCUGAGCGGACACACAGACUGUUUGUACUCACUGCUCAACAAGGGAGCCAGCGUAGAAGCCAAAGACAAGUGGGGCAGAACAGCGCUACACAGAGGGGCGUUGAUGGGUCAUGAGGAGUGUGUGGAGGCCCUGCUGCAGCACAGCGCCAGCUUCAUGGUUCGGGACUGUAAGGGGCGAACCCCUGUCCACCUGGCGGCGGCAUCCGGACACAUCGGGGUGCUGGGGGGGCUCCUACACGCCGCCCAGUCAGUGGAGACCCUCCCCGUCAUCACAGACAACCAGGGCUACACGCCACUACACUGGGCCUGCUACAACGGCCAUGACACGUAUGUAGAGGUGCUGCUGGAACAGGAGGUUUUCCACAAGACCGAGGGCAACUUGUUCAGCCCCCUCAACUGUGCUGUGAUCAAUGACAACGAGGGGGCUGCAGAGAUGCUGAUUGACACUCUGGGGCCGGCCAUUGUCAACGCCACUUACACCAAGAACCGGACCCCCCUGCAUGCGGCGGCUUUCACGGACCACGUGGAGUGUCUUCAGCUGCUGCUAGGCCACAACGCCCAGGUCAACUCCCCCGAUGCCUCCGGGCAGACCUCCCUCAUGAUGGCUGCUGAGAACGGACAAACCAACGCUGUCGAGCUGUUGGUGAGCAGUGCCAAAGCAGAGCUCACCCUGCAGGAUGCAGUCAAGAACACUGCUCUUCAUCUGGCCUGCAGGAAGGGGCAUGAAACCAGUGCUUUGUUGAUAUUGGAGAAGAUAACAGACAGGAACCUCAUCAACUCGACUAACGCAGCCUUACAGACGCCGUUACACGUUGCAGCCAGAAAUGGUCUGACGGUGGUGGUUCAGGAGCUACUAGUGAAGGGUGCUAGCGUGCUAGCAGUCGAUGAGAAUGGUUACACGCCUGCCUUGGCCUGCGCCCCCAACAAAGACAUGGCGGACUGCCUGGCGCUGAUCCUGGCCACCAUGAUGCCCGUGUCCCCCUGCAACCCGGCGCCCAGCCUGUCCUUCAGUGCCAUUAACCACUACACCACCAGCCCCUCCAAGAGUGUGACCUUCGACAGCCUGCCCGUGCUGCGCAGCGAGCACAGCUCCUACUGCAGCUUUAACAACAUCGGCCACCGCGAACACGAUGGAGGCUUCUACAAGGAUGAGGAACUCAACGACUCAGACUCAGAGACAUACUGAGGGGGGUGGUGGUCGCUGCCCAGGAGGGGAGCCAAGGGCAGGCGGAUGGACAGUGAAGUGGGGCAGAGGCCACAAACAAAUCCACACAUACACACCGUGUCUUAAAUCACCACAGCCAGCUUUGGGAGGGCACGAGCCGAGACAGUCCGCACAGGAGCCUUAAGAGUCCCGCAGAUGGAGAGAGAAAAAUGGAUGGAGGGAGAGAGGGAGAGGGGGAGGCACAACAGGCUGGCUGGCCACACUCAUCCUCUCGUACCACCAGGUGUCCUUCCAGCAGAUACUGGACUUCAGAGGAACUGCUGCUGCUAUACCCCACCUUUACCUUUACCCACAAAGGUCCUAAACGGUAGAAACUGUCCAGCCAACAGACAGACGGACACCUUAUGACGGCAAUAACCUGUAGUCCAAGGGGAUAGUAGCACUUCACUGAGUGAAAAACAGACAUGGACCAAAAGAUGUGGAAGAAGCUUUUUCAAAACCUGUUUUGACAGUAGAAAUGGGAUUGAGCGUUUUGGGCUGAGAUAAAACAUAAGGAGUGAUGUUUCAUUUAAGUUUUAUGAGAGUGAUGGUCAUGUUUAUCCGCACACUAAGACAGUCAGAACGCACCUAGCCUCUUGUCUGUAAUCCAUGUGGGAGGAGGGGAAAUCAUUUAUUUUUUAUGAACAAACAUUUUAAUAAAAUCAUUCAUGUCUUAAGCUCCUGACCCUCUGUGGGAACCAAACAAUCGUAGUAUUUGCUCUCAUGAGUAAUUUCAAAGAAUUUCCAUCCCCAAUGGCACCCUAUUCCAUUUAUAGUACACUACUUUUGACUAGGGCCAUAGGGUUCUGGUCAAAAGUAGUGUACUCUAUAAAGAAUAGGGUGCCAUUUAGAUUUUGCAUUUGUAUGUGAGCGACAGGACUUUUUACAUUUGCGUUAUUAAACCUACCUGUCCUUUGCCCUCUAGAAAAUAUUUUAGAAAGUAAAUUAUUAAUUCAU